AUGAUUUCUCUACAGUACUUUAACGACGUCUAUGAUGGCGGCAAGGAACAGUGAGGAUUUUUUUUGGAAUUUCACUUUUUUAUUGGGAAAUUAAGGGGUUAAGCUUGCCAAAAAUGGAAAAAAAGGACUUGUAAAGAUUUUUUUUUCUGAAAAACCUACUAUACCUCCAUUUAUCAUUUAUAAAUUUAUUCCAAAUUUUAGCGUAAUUUUUUUUAUACAUAGAACUGACUACUGUAUCACCAUUCAUCAGCUAUUAAUUUCCUUAUUUUACUCAAAAAAAAAAUUUUAAAAAAAGGUUUUUCGCCUAGAUAAUACCUCCGAUAUUUGAACAACUUCUCGCGUAAAUCGACAAGAGAUUUAUCAUUAGGGCGCGCUUUCUCACACCCAUUUUUUCUUUUCUCUCUGACGUUUCUGACCAUUUCUAGUGACCACUUUAGCGUUUUCAACUAUCCUAAUGAUGUGGCCGACCAUCUUAAAAUUAUUCAUCAGCUAAAUUUUCUCAUUUUUUCCCGAUGAAACGAAAAAAAAUCAAAUUUCCAGGAUGCGCCAGUCAAUCGUGAUCAAGGCCCGUGUGCAGGACAACGAAAAAAUGGAAAACGCCAUUUUUGAAAUGACCGAAUCGCUGGGGACCGUUUUCCUUCAGGAAGACGUUUAUUUCAAUGUUCCUCAAGGGAACUUGAAGCUCCGGAUUAUGCACCCGAAUGUGGGUAGUUCUUGAAGGGAAAAAUUGGGAAAAAAUACUGAAAUUUUCUGAUUUUUUUUUCGGGUUUUAAGGGUUUAAUGAUCAUUUUCUCUUGAAUUUUUGGUGUAAGUAUCGAUUUUUUUGAGUUCUAAAAUCCAAAAUAAGCCUAUUUUUCUGGGGUUUUCUUCUUGUUAGAAGCAGCUGAAUCCUGUUCAAAGUAAUUUUGAACCUCUCCCCCGUCCAAAGCACAGAAAAAAAGACCCCUCAUUCGUUUUUUUCAAGAUAAAAAAAGCUUCAUUUUUGAAUUUUUCCCUGCAUUUUUUUCCAUUAAAGAUCGAUUUUUCUCGCUAUAAACUUCAUUUUCACCUUCAAAAUGUACCCUUAAGAAACAUUUUUUAACCUUCAAAUUCCCAAAUAAAAAACCUCUAGGUCACGCAUCAAAAAUUAAACAUUCUUAUCAAGAAAUUCCCAAAUACAUGUAUCAAUAUAAUAAUUUCAUCGAUGAAACAGCAGCAAAAAUAGGAUUUUUCCCCCCACAUAAGAAGCUGAAAAAUCACGUCAUUCCUAUUGAUAAGCGACGGGUCGAGUGCGCCAAAAAUCAACAUUCGAACGGUGUUUUCUUUUCUUUCCUUAGUUUGGGAGAAAACAAAGCGAAUCGUUUCUUGUUUGACUAGGGAGUUUAGUUUGAGACUAAAAAAUCAUUACAAAAAAUGCCAAUGUUUUCUCAUUUCUCAAUAAAGUUCCCUUGAUUGGGAAAAAGAAAGAGAUUCAUUUUUUUAGUUUUUUUAAUUGUGUAUAACACACUCUUUCUGAGAUUUUCGAGGAUUUCUUGCUACAAAAAAUUAUUUUUCCUAUUCCCCAGAUGCUAGGCAACCUUCCUAAGUUGAAGCUUCAAAUUUUAUUAAGCUCCGCCCACUUUUAGGGUUGAGAAAUAUAUUUUUUUUCUUAUGUCACAGAUACAAGAAAACGUUAACUCGAAGCUCCAGGUUUUGUUAAGCUACGCCCACUUUCAGGGUUACUGUAGAGAAAAUACCGUAAAAAGCCUUUUUUUUUCCCAGUCGGUUCAAACAAGUUUUAACGUAGAAAACAUGCCUUUUUGAUCAAAUUUUGAGUUGAAAGUAACCCCGAAAAAAAAUCCUUUUCGUAGAAAUGAGAUGGAAAUACUGGAAACAACUCUAGUGACCACUUAAGAGGUUCCUCAAGGACAACUUGGAGAUGGCACUAAAGUGGCCACUAAAACCAUCACUAUUUUGCAUCUCAGUGACCACUAUAGUAGUUGUUCCUGGUUUCGUAGUGACAGUCAAAAAAUUUUAGCCACUUAAGGGACUAUUAGUUCGACUACUAACGUGGCCGUUAAGCCGUCAGAACCCUAAAGCGUCCACUAAACAUUUUCCAAGUACUUUUGAAUCCUUCAAAAUGCGAUUCCUGCUAUUUUUCAGCGUUGCGGACAGCUGAUCUUCAAUGAAAUUUCCAAAAAGUCGGGCCACAAGCUGAGCGAAUCACAAAUCACGGAAGUCGAGGAUGUUUUGGCUAUGAGGGUGAGUUUUCAACUAGAGAAAAGGAUCAAAAGAUCGAAUUUGUACCGAAAAAAGUGUGAAAAUGACUGAUGAUUAAGGUAUUCACCAUUUUUUUUCUUGAAAAAAUCGAUAAACAAAAAAAUUAGCCUUCGUAACUAUUUUUGGUUGUUUUUUCAGAGUCCUGUGAUCAUUCUAAAAAUCACAAGUCCAUAUUUUUGUUUUUUGGUGUCUUUUUCCAAGUGGCUAACCGAUUUUCAAUUUUUAAAAAGUGAAGAUGGAACUUUUCAGCCUCAAAAAUCAUACUUUUCUGCCUAGAUUUGGCUGGUAAAUCAGGGUUUCCGUCAUUUUUUUGGGUUCAGAUUGAUAAAUUGAAUCAAAAUCAGUCCUUUCUGAUUAAAAAUGCUUUCCUCAACUUGAUUAUUAAAUUUUGGGAAAAUUCAGAACUUUUUGUGGCUCCCUUAUACUCUUAGAACUUAUUGAAAGUCGAAAAAGUGAUAUUUUUGCUUAUUUUCUUCAGAUUUUUAGUCGUUUUUUGCUCUUCAAGUUGUUAGAAAGUUCGAAAUUCGUCUGUUCUUGCUAUUUUACACUUUUCUGAUGUUGCAAUGAUUUUUUUUUGGCUUUGAAUCACUAGGAAACUGUCAAAUUUGUUCAAUUUUAUAUUCAAUAAAAACCGAAAUCAUAUUUUGUGGCUGUUCUCUGGAAAAUAAAGGUUCUGGUAAUUUUUAUGUACGUAUUCAAACUGAAAAGAAGCUUGAAAUCGGUCUUUCUGUUUUGAAAAUGCGUUUUUAGCCAAUUUUUAGUGGUAUUUUUGUACUUUUCAUUCAAAAUUUGUAGUAAAAAAAAAUCCCGAAUCCCUUUUUUCUCAUGAGGAACAAAGAAGCGAUCUUUUCAAGCAGUAAAAAGGAGAAAAACUGGUUCUAAUUGCGUCAUUGUUCAUAACAAACGGGGUUCUAGCGGUCGUAAUUUGCAGCGUGGACAGGGUAAAAAACUGGACUCUUGCGUGGCAAAAAGCGGAUUUUUUAUUCUUGGUAGAGAUGAAUAACUGUUUUGGAAGGAGAGCUAGUUCAUAAUGAGGCUGAUUUUUGAGAUUUUUGAAGAAAAAUGAAUCGAGGAGCGUUAAGACCUCAGAAAUAGCUUGAACAUAGGAACAACAGAGUGGUCCCUAGAGGGGAUCCUUAGAGGAAUGCUGGGGUUUCAAUAAGUGGCCACUCUAGUGGAGCAUGUGAGUUAUGAACUCUAUCUGAGAACCCUCUGAAUUUCAACCCUCUAGGGAGCGCUAUUUUGUCCCCUAUAGAGGCAGUUUUCUCUCGAACCCCUCUAGGGGUCACUUUGGCAUUCUAAUAAAUAUCUGUCUUGGAAGGAGAACUAGUUCAUAAUGAGGCUGAUUUUUGGGUUUUCCGGAGAAAAAUGAAUCGAGGAGCGUUAAGACCUCAGAGAUAGCUUGAACAUAGGAACACCAGAGUGGUCCUUAGAGGGGAUCCUUAAGGUCGUUUUAGGGUUUCAGUUAGUGGCGACUCUAGGGAAGCAAAUCUAUCUGAGGACCUUCUAAGUUCCAGCGGCUGGUCCAGCCCUCUAGGGAGCGCUAUUUUGUCCCCUAUAGAGGCAGUUUUCUCUCGAACCCCUCUAGGGGUCACUUUGGCAUUCUAAUAAAUAACUGUUUUGGAAGGAGAACUAGUUCAUAAUGAGGCUGAUUUUUGGGUUUUUUAAAGAAAAAUGAGUCGAGAAGCUUUAAGGCCUCGGGGAACACCAGAGUGGUCCCCAUAGGGCAACCUUAGGGUCGUUCUAGGGUUUCAGUAAGUGGCCACUCUAGGGGAGCAAUUUUCCAUAAUUGUAGCUGCAGGGCGAACAGGGAAAAGCAAAACUGGACUCUUGCGUGGCAAAAAGCGGAUUUUUCAUUCUUGGUAGACAUGAAUAACUGACUUGGAAGGAGAACUAGUUCAUAAUGAGGCUGAUUUUUGGGUUUUUUAAAGAAAAAUGAGUCGAGAAGCGUUAAGGACUCAGAAAUAGCCUAAAUUCAGGGACGACAUAAUGGUCCCUAGAGGGGAACCUUAGGCGCAUUCUAGGGUUUCAGUUAGUGGCCACUCUAGUGGAGCAUGUUAGUUAUGAACUCUAUCUGAGGACCCUCUGAAUUUCAACCCUCUAGGGAGCGCUAUUUUGUCCCCUAUAGAGGCAGUUUUCUCUCGAACCCCUCUAGGGUGACUUUGGCAUUCUAAUAAAUAACUGUCUUGGAAGGAGAACUAGUUCAUAAUGAGGCUAUUUUUUGGGUUUUUUUCCAAAUAAGGAGUAAAUUAAGGAGCGUUAAGACCUCAGAAAUAGCUUGAACAUAGGAACUCCAGAGUGGUCCCUAGAGGGGAACCUUAGGGUCGUUCUAGGAUUUCAGUUAGUGGCCACUCUAGUGGAGCAUGUGAGUUAUGAACUCUAUCUGAGGACCUUCUAAGUUCCAGCCCUCUAGGGAGCACUGUUUUGUCCCCUAUAGGGGCUGUUUUUUCUCGAACCCCAUCUAAAAUUAGCCAGAGUGGUCCCCAUAGGGGCAAACCUGGAAGCACGCUAGGGUUUCAGUAAGUGGCCACUCUAGGGGUCAGUAGGAAAUCUGAGGACUCCCUAAAUUUCAGCCCUCUAGAGAGCACUAUUUUGUGCCCUAUAGGGUCUGUUUUUUUUUCCUAACGUUUUUAGGGACCCCUCAAACGUUCCUAAGAAUUUUCGAAAAGAAAAGAUUUUUUUCGAGACUCGGAGUUUUCCAGAAAUUUCGGUCAGUAUUUUCUUCCAAGCUUCUCACAAUCUCAACCUGUAGAUGUUCUUUUUUUUUGAGAAAUACGGACGAAAAAUCUCAAAAUAACCUGUACAGACAGAUUUUCCCGGUUUUUCUUGAAUUCGAAGCUUCCUUUCUUUAAAACUAGCAAGUUUUGCGUUCUGGUACUUCAAAAAGUAUCCUAGCCAAUUUUCAAAAAAUCCCCAACCACACUUUUAAAUUACCUUCCUUUUUGGCUUUUAUGCGAUUAUUUACGAUUUCCAAGCCUUUGAAGCUUAAAUUAUUGAGAAGUUAAACUGAGGAACUGAAAGAAAUUGAAAAAUUGAUAAACUAAGGAACCCUAAACAGUAUUUUCGAGCCUUCAGCUUCACACCAGAAGUCAAGAAAUGAAGCAGAAGCCUUGAAAAUCAGAGAAAAUGAGCCGAAUUUGCGUUGACGUUACCACGUGACAAAAUUUUCGUCAUUUUGAAGUUGGAAAUCACUUUAGGCGACCCUUGGCGCUGCUCUCGGCGAACGUGGCACGAUCCGAAAGAAGCGACGGGUUUUCGUUCUUGAUGACGUCAGAAUCUACUUGGACGACGUCGAUGAAGUCGGCAAUUUCAUCGACAUUGCGGUUGGUUUCGAGUCUGUCUCCUAAACUGGUCACUUGAGGGAUUAUGUGAAAUGGAUUUUUCGCCAAAAAUUAUAAACUGAUCACUUAAGGGUUUCUGUACUCCACAUUGAUGAAUCAGUCGCCAAAAAUCAAAAAGUGGUCACUUGAGGGUUUCUGUAGAACACCUUAAUGGAUUAUUUGCCAAAAAAUCAAAAAGUGGUCACUUGAGGGCUUCUAAAGAACACCUUAAUGGAUUACCUGCUAAAAAUUCAAAAAGUGGUCACUUGAGGGUUUCUGAAGAACACCUUAAUGUAUUAACUGCUGAAAAUUCAAAAAGUGGUCACUUGAGGGUUUCUGUAGAAUGAAUUAUUCGCCAAAAAAUCAUAAAUUGGUCCCUUAAGGGUUUUUAAAGAGGAGCUUAAUGAAUUACGCCGAAAAAUUAUAAACUGGUCACUAAAGGGUUUCUGUAGAGCACUUAGAUAAAUUAAUCGCCAAAAUUCAAAAACUGUUCACUUGAGUAUUUUUACAGAACAUCUUGAUGAAUUAUCAGCCAAAAAAACAAAAACAGGUCACUUGAGGGUUUUUAAAGAACACCUUGAUAAAUUAUUUGCCAAAAAUCAAAAACUGGUCACUUGAGGGCUUUAAAGAGCACCUUAAUGGAUCAUUUGCCUUAAUUGAAACUUCAUAACCGUAUAUCAAUCUUUCUGUAGUGAGUUAAUACUUAAGUGACCACUCAGAAGACUCCUAUGAAGGAAAAUAAGCUUAUAUUUCUCAGGAGAAGAACUUCAUAGGAUUUCUUAUUUCAUUUUCUUUAUUUUAACCUUGAAUCUUCAAAUUUUUCAAGUUUCUUCUUAAGUGAUCACUUCAACUUCAGAACUGAAGUGACAGUUUUUCUGACUCUCCUGAAGGAGUGACCACUUUAGUGUAAUUACAGAGCUUUUCUUACCUUCCAGUAGGAGUAUCUACUUUAGGGGCUUCACAGUCACUUUUAAAGAGGCUUAUUUAUACAAAAAAAACACUUGAAAGAUCCCUUCGUACUUCUCACCUGAACCAUAUCUUCUACAGGUAACCCUGAAAGGCUCGCACGACGACUGCGAGAAGCGGGCCGAAGACGUCCGCCGGAAGUUGGGCGUCGACCAGAGCGCCGUCGUCCCGAGCGCCUACCUCGACCUUCUGAUGAGCCAGAUGUCCUUCGACGACGCCUCUUCCGUGACGUCAUCCUCGGACCCGACCGACGACUCCAAGUCCUCCAGUUGCGCCGACGACAGCGAUUCUUCCUCCUCUUAA